GGUGCGGAUUAGACCGGGCCUUAGACAAAGUAGCGGAGAACAGCGAGUUCGGAGAGGGAUAAAACGCCGCCAAACCCUAAUCGCCAACGAAUUCCGCAUUUGCUCCAAAAUCUUUCGAUAUCGAUGGUUGAAGCACAGAAGGAGCAGAUACUCGCCGACGAUCCCUCUCACGACGUCGGAAGCCUAUUGCUCGACCCAUCCCCCUCGGAUCCACAGCCGGCGGCGGUCCCGUUGGUGCUGGAAGAGAGAUUCGCGCUGGUGAGGAGCGUGGGGGAGGAAUGCAUCCAGGAGGAGGAGCUGAUGAAUCUUCUCGCGAAGAAGCCAGUUCCUGUCUGUUAUGAUGGAUUCGAACCAUCUGGGAGGAUGCACAUCGCCCAGGGAGUUAUGAAGACGAUCAAUGUGAACAAGCUGACUUCAGCUGGGUGCACUGUGAAAAUCUGGAUUGCUGAUUGGUUUGCACAGCUAAACAACAAGAUGGGGGGUGAUCUGAAGAAAAUCCAUACAGUUGGUCGUUAUCUUAUUGAGAUCUGGAAAGCUGUAGGAAUGAAUCUCGAUAAGGUGGAAUUUUUGUGGUCCUCAGAAGAAAUUAAUAGCCGAGCACAUGAGUAUUGGCCUCUUGUAAUGGAUAUAGCUCGGAGGAAUACACUCCAUCGCAUAAUAAGGUGUAGUCAGAUAAUGGGUCGAAGUGAAAAAGAUGAAUUGACAGCGGCUCAGAUUUUGUACCCAUGCAUGCAAUGUGCUGACAUAUUCUUCCUCAAGGCCGACAUAUGCCAGUUAGGCAUGGAUCAGAGGAAAGUGAAUGUGCUUGCAAGAGAAUAUUGUGAUGACAUCAAAAAAAAAAAUAAGCCCAUCAUUUUGUCACAUCAUAUGCUUCCUGGUUUACAGGAGGGCCAGGAGAAGAUGUCAAAAAGUGAUCCAUCUUCUUCCAUUUACAUGGAAGAUGAGGAGGGUGAAGUGAAUGUGAAGAUAAAGAAGGCUUACUGCCCACCAAAGGUUGUGGAAGGGAACCCAUGCCUGGAGUACAUUAAAUACAUUGUUUUUCCAUGGUUUGGCCAUUUUGAAGUUGUGCGGAAAGAGGAAAAUGGUGGAAACAAGACAUACAACAACAUGGAAGAACUAAUAUUGGACUAUGAGAGUGGAGUAUUACAUCCAGCUGAUCUGAAGCCUGCUCUUUCAAAAGCACUAAAUCUUAUAUUGCAGCCUGUACGUGAUCAUUUCAAGAACAACAGCGUGGCUAAAGACCUCCUAAAAAGUGUCAAGGCCUACAGAGUAACCCGUUGAGUCUUCCGAUGUGAGGCUCUGCUGUAUGGAAUUAUGAACCAUGAAACACAUUUUAAUUUAUAUCAAUUUCACAAAUAUCGGGUGGCAGCA